GAUUUCUACUCGUUUUGUUGCGACGGGCAGACGCGGACACACAUUAGCUUUAAAACAUUUGCUGUGGUUGAAGCAUCAACAAAUAACAACAUCACUAAGUGAAUCAGCGACGAUUGUUAAUAAUUGCCACUCAGGCGCACAGUGCUACAAAAACAAACAAUUUAAUUCAUGGUGCGUCAUUCUGUGUGAAAAAAUAUAAUACAUAUAUAAUACAACGUAGCACCACGAGCACUCAUCGAUUUUUAGCCGAAAUAUUAAAGCUAAAUCAAGAGAAAAGUUGAAAAUUUUCAACAACAAGAACAACAACAACGAAGAGCUCUUUCUAUUUUAGUGUGUACAAGUUUUUAGAGUAAAAUCAGGAAAACUGCCGCGACCGCUGCAACAGAGACGCUGCGAUGGCAACUUCAUCGGUAAUAGCCAAUAACACUAACAACACAAUUAACGCCGGCGCAACUGCCUCAGCUGCCGCAGCUGCUGCCAGCGCCGUUGUGGUCACAUCGACGUUAAGCACUCGCAAGCGCACCUACGAGACAGCCAUUACUAUGCCCGCUAUGGACGCCAAAGAACUGACGACAAUGCAACGCACAAGCACAGCCACGCCCCCCCCGGCUAAGGCGAGUACUCCUAGCCCUAGCCCGGAUAAGGCGGUAAUUGUGGACAUGGCAGAGCCACAUGCAGCGACUACAUUGCGCGACAUCACGCGCACAAUCUCACAGAGCGAUGCGGAUGAUAGCGUCGAGGCCACCGCACCGGAUGACACCUUGCCCGCCUGCUCCACGACGGCGGCAUCCGAGGAUUAUCUCAAUGGCAGCACUGGAGUCAAGCGCAAAUAUGUUCCGCCCACAACUCCACCACUUCUGCUGCCGUCCCCACCACCAAUGUUACUGUCCACACCGACUCCAACUCCGUUGACGUCCUCAACAAUGGCCGCAUCCUCCACCCACCAAUCUCUCAACAGCAGCGGAUUUGCAGAUCUAGCGACAAUUUGCAAGCCAGCGCCCUUCUCCUCCGAUGAGGAAGCUAUAUUGGAACGCGAACGUUGCGAUUAUACUCAGCGGAUCACCUAUCAGAUGGCCCGCUCCGGCAAGACGAAUCGUCGGGUACGCGUGUAUGCGGAUGGCAUCUACGAUCUGUUCCAUCAGGGCCACGCCAGGCAGCUAAUGCAGGCCAAAAACAUCUUUCCCAACGUCUAUUUGAUUGUGGGCGUUUGCAAUGAUGAGCUCACGCAUCGCAUGAAGGGACGCACUGUAAUGAAUGGCUUCGAGCGUUAUGAGGGAGUGCGUCAUUGUCGUUACGUUGAUGAGGUUGUUCAGAAUGCCCCAUGGACCCUAUCCGAUGAGUUCAUUGCGGAAAAUAAAAUUGACUUUGUGGCUCACGAUGACAUUCCCUAUGUACAUGAUGGCCUGGAUGACAUUUAUGGUCCGCUGAAGGCACGUGGCAUGUUCGUCGCCACGGAGCGUACCGAGGGCGUAUCCACUUCGGACAUAGUGGCGCGCAUUGUUAAGGACUAUGAUUUGUAUGUGCGUCGCAAUCUCGCACGUGGGUAUUCUGCCAAGGAGCUUAACGUUUCCUUUUUGUCCGAGAAGAAAUUCCGUUUGCAAAACAAAAUGGAUGAGCUAAAGUCGCGUGGAAAACGCGAAUUGACCAAAGUCAAGGGCGACAUUAUCACCAAAUGGGAGGAAAAAUCCCGCGAAUUCAUCGACACGUUUUUACUGCUUUUUGGUCGGGAGCGUCUGAAUCAUUUGUGGAACGAGUCAAAGGGCAAACUCAUCCAAGCACUCAGCCCGCCUGGCAGUCCAUCCGGCUCGGUAAAUGGCGAUGAUUUGGACGAUGGCAAUGAUUCCGAUGAGUAUUUGGAACUGCCCGCCGAGUACAGCGGAGGCAGCACAAAUUCCCUGAAUGGCAACAGCCAGAAGCGUUCCUCGCUGGCCAGGCCUAGCUAUCAGAGCCGCUCGGCGGUUGCUUCCUCGCCGGAGGAUUACGAUGACGACGACGACGAUGACGAUGAUGCCGUGUACGAUGCGGAAUUCGUAGAGCGGCGCAGCAACUGAUUGAAUUAGCUAGUUGUAGUGGGAAUGCGUUGCAAGCAACUAUAUAUUUUAGAUUUCAGAUUUGGCUAGUUUCACUUUCACUAUCUAUUGAAGCUAUUGUAUAUUUAUUAAAUUGUUCUUUCGUGUGAUUAA